AGCAUCAACCAGCGUCAAGCGAACAUUCAGUGCGAGUGAGGCGAGACGGCAGGAGGCGGCGACAGGCAGAGAUGGCCGGCGGUGGCGCCGCCGCGUCGACGCUCUCGAGCCCAUGGAGGUUGCUGCUGCAGCGAGCGCUGGACACCAACGCGCACCUCAAGCACUCCACCUUCUUCCAGCUCGCCACGGUGGGCGGCGGCGGCAGGCCGGCGAACCGCACCGUCGUGUUCAGGGGCUUCCAAGAACACUGCGACAAGAUUCAGAUUAAUACGGAUGCGCGGAGCAACAAGAUUGGUGAGAUCAAGGAGUGGCCCCUCGGCGAGAUAUGCUGGUAUUUCACCGAUUCAUGGGAACAAUUUCGUAUCAGCGGCAUCAUAGAUGUGAUCGAUGGUUCCUGUCCCGAUCCUGCCAAGCUCCAGCAACGAGAGAAAGCUUGGUUCGCCAGUUCAGUAAAGUCAAGAUUGCAAUACUUAGGACCAUCUCCAGGGGUCCCCGUCGCAAAUGAUGACCACGUUACGGAUGUUCAUCUCGAUCCGUCAGCUGGCCCAGUUGAUGCCUAUUGUCUUCUGACUCUUGAUCCAGAAAAGGUUGAUUACGUGAACCUGAAAAGUAAUCAGAGAUUGAUGUUCACAAGAACCCAGGAAGGAGAUGAGUCCAGUGAUUGGAUGGCCAAAAAAGUUAGCCCAUAAUUAUCUUUUGUUAUAGAGGGUGAACAUAAAGGUGUUAUUAACUAGUACUCUCUCCGUUCUAAAAUAGAUGACCCAAUUUUAUACCAACUUUGUACUAAAGUUAGUACAAAAUUAAGUCAUCUGUUUUGGAACAGAGGGAGUACAACUGAUUUUAUUGUGGAUUUUCCAUUGCAAGGAACUGCCUUCAUUCCUCAAUAUAUUUUCUAGCCCAUCAGAAUGCA